UUCCACAACAAACACGUCUUCUUUUGAGAACAAACCCGUCCUCUUACACCUUCUUUCAAUCACUUCCCCAUCUUUUGAUUUUCCGAUAUUUGCUCCCAUUUUCCCUCUCGAGUCUUGACUCAGUUCUCUUUCUCUCUCUCCAAAUCAGUUGCAUUUAGCCCUCUCUUCCUUUCCUUCCCCUCCCUCGCCGUUCCCAUUCCCAUUCUCAGAGCCACCGUCUUACAAUCUCUCUUCUGAAGGGUCGGUGUGGGGAUUUCGGUGUGCCGGAGAGAGGAGAGAGAGGGUUACUCCAUUUUCAAUAGCUCCCUUAUUGUCUUCUUUUGAGGGGGUAGCCGGGGCUACGGCCUCGGCGGGUUUUAAAGCCCCCACCUUUUCCAUCCUCACAAAAAAAUCGAUUCCCUAACUUUGAUAAAUCAUAACCCUAUUUUAAUUUUCUCUCUUUUUUCCUCCUAAUCAAUUUUUUUUUCAUUUUUCCUUGAAUUCUAAUUAGCGGAAAGAGAUGCCGGCCUUGGCUUGCUGCGUGGACGCUGCACCUGCUCCUCCCGGCUACGCUCUCGCCGGGGAUAUAUCUCUUCUUCCGCCGGUCACAUUCACCGGCGCACUUCCGCUGGCGACAACAACCGACGACGCUGACACCAACACCUCCCAUUGGACGCCGUCCAUGUCAUCCACCCUGUACAGGAUCGACGGCUGGGGUGCUCCCUACUUCGCCGUUAACACCGCCGGAAACAUCUCCGUCAUGCCGCACGGCCUCGGAACCCUUCCCCACCAGGAGAUCGAUCUGUUGAAGAUCGUGAAGAAAGCCUCCGAUCCCAAACACUUCGGCGGCCUCGGCCUCCAGCUGCCACUCAUCGUCCGCUUCCCUGACGUACUCAAGAACCGCCUCGAGUCUCUUCAAUCGGCGUUCGAGUUUGCGAUCCAGGAACAGGGGUACGAUGGUCAUUACCAAGGUGUAUAUCCCGUGAAGUGCAACCAGGACAGGUUCGUUGUUGAGGACAUAGUUAAAUUCGGUUCACCGUUCCGGUUCGGGCUCGAAGCCGGGUCCAAACCGGAGCUUCUUUUAGCCAUGUCAUGCCUCUGCAAGGGGAAUCAAGAAGCGCUUCUUGUUUGCAACGGUUUCAAGGACAGAGAGUAUAUCUCUCUUGCAAUUGUUGCGAGGAAGCUUGCUCUCAACACUGUUAUUGUUCUUGAGCAAGAGGAAGAGCUCGAUUUGGUGAUUGAGAUCAGCAAAAAGCUUUGCAUUCGACCGGUUAUUGGUCUUCGUGCCAAGCUUAGAACCAAGCAUUCUGGUCAUUUCGGUUCUACUUCUGGCGAGAAAGGGAAAUUUGGACUCAACACUACUCAGGUUCUUCGUGUUGUGAAGAAGCUUGAGAAUUUGGGCAUGCUGGAUUGCCUUCAGCUUCUGCAUUUCCACAUUGGUUCUCAGAUUCCAACCACUGCGUUGCUUGCUGAUGGUGUUGGAGAGGCUGCACAGAUUUACUGUGAAUUGGUUAGGCUUGGUGCCCAGAUGCGUGUCAUCGACAUUGGUGGUGGUUUGGGAAUUGAUUAUGAUGGCACAAAGUCAUGUGACUCUGAUAUCUCUGUUGGGUAUAGUUUGGAAGAAUAUGCGGCCGCAGUGGUUAGCGCGGUUCAGUUUGUUUGUGACAGAAGGUCCGUGAAGCACCCUGUGAUUUGCAGUGAGAGUGGAAGAGCCAUUGUGUCUCAUCACUCUGUUUUGAUCUUUGAAGCCAUUGGAGCUAGCUCUUAUGGAGCUCCAACAUUGUCCACAAUUGGGCUUCAGCAUUUGGUUGAGGGGCUUUCCGAUGAAGCACGCGCCGAUUACCAGAGCCUCUCGGCGGCAACCAUGGUUGGUGACUAUGAAAACUGUGUGCUUUACAUGGAGCAGUUGAAACAACGCUGUGUUGAGCAGUUCAAGCAGGGUACUUUGGGAAUGGAACAGCUUGCUUCUGUAGAUGGCUUGUGUGAGCUUGUGAGCAGUGCAAUUGGGGCGAAGGAUCCGGUGCGGACUUACCAUGUGAACCUCUCUGUGUUCACCUCGAUUCCUGAUUUCUGGGGGAUUGAUCAGAUGUUUCCAAUUGUACCGGUUCACAGGCUCGAUGAGAAGCCGACGUCGAAGGGGAUUCUAUCGGAUUUGACUUGUGACAGUGAUGGGAAGAUUGACAGGUUCAUUGGGGGAGAAUCAAGUUUGCCCCUUCAUGAAUUGGAAGGCAAUGAUGGUGGCUACUAUUUGGGAAUGUUCUUGGGUGGGGCUUAUGAGGAGGCGCUUGGAGGUCUCCAUAACCUCUUUGGUGGCCCGAGCGUUGUUCGGGUGAUGCAGAGGGAUGGCCCACAUGGCUUUGCGGUGACGCGCGCGGUCCCUGGGCCUUCCUCUGGAGACGUCCUCCGAGUGAUGCAGCACGAGCCCGAGCUCAUGUUCGAGACACUCAAGCACAGGGCGCAAGAGUUUGCAGCAGAUGAGAAUGGCCAUGAUGAUGAUGAAGAUGUUGAUGAGAAGAGUAUGAUGAAUGCUGCGGCUCUUGCUGCUAGACUCGCUUUCUCAUUUGAUAACAUGCCAUAUCUGGUUGCAUCUUCAUCUUGUGCCUUGAAUGCAAUGGAGAACAAUGCCUUCUACUAUUGUUCCAGUGAUGAGUUCAGCGAAGUUGUGACUGAUUCUACUUGUGCUUGAGUUUGGUGUUGGUCUUUAACAUUACCAUGUCCUUGUUGUUGGUUGUUGUCUAUUAAGAUUUUUAUUUUUAUUUUCUAAAUAAUCCUUUAUCCUUUAUAUUGUUACUAUUCUCGUUGUAGUUUGAUUUAAGCUUUAGCAAAAAGGGUUUUAGAAACAGGGCAGGGUUAUCUCUGUCUCCUGUUAUUUGCAAUUUCGGCAUCGUUAAGCUUCAUGCAGAUGGAUGCCUUGCUUGCUUGUAGAGAGACUCAAGUUCUAGUGUAACGAAAUUUUUAUUGUUGCCUUGAAUUUUAUGAUUCGAAUAAAAAUUCACCUUGUUCACAA